GAAGGUAAUGGCUAACUACCGGUUUAGCCGCAGCCCUUUCCUGUUAGCCGACGCACAGCUUCCAUCUCAUUCAACAUUUAACGUUAGAUACUUCACCUCAUCUCGUUAACAUUUCUACGCGGCCUAUAGUAAAAUAACACAACCAUGGCAGAGGCCAUUCAAAAGAAAUUGAAAGCGGAAGUAGAAAAAUAUUCUCAGAUGCAGAAAGAUGUUAGCAAGAGCAUGUCAGCCAGACAGAAGCUGGAAACGCAACUGGCAGAGAACAAUAUUGUCAAAGAGGAGCUUGACCUGCUGGACACUACAAACACAGUGUAUAAGCUUAUUGGCCCAGUAUUAGUGAAGCAAGACCUGGAUGAGGCCAAAGCCACCGUCACCAAAAGGCUGGAGUACAUCAACGGAGAGAUUCAAAGGUAUGAGACUCUCCUGAAAGACAUGGAAAAGAAAUCCGAUAAUCAUCGAGAACUCUUGUCCAGUUUGCAGCAGGAGUAUCAGAGAGCUCAGGGCCUGGCUGUUGGCAAAGUCUGACCAAGAGAUCUGGCACACACACACACACACACACACACACACAAGAAGAAUGGCAUAGUCAAGACUUAAUGUAGACCUUCAACAAAAGGCUGGUAAACUUCUGCCUGUAGCUUGUCAAUUAUUUGUUCAUUACAGUGACUUUUCCCUUGUUUCUAAUAAAGGUGUUUUUCAUGAACGGUCAUACCCUC